AUUAUAUAUAUAUGUGUGAUUUUCUAGUAUUUCUUAUGAUUGCAAUGUAACUUUCUGCAAAUGUUCUCACACGUCCAGCAGCUUCUUGCUGUCAAAGUACCGAUCAUCUAUAAAGUGAAACGCUGCAGGGGGUCCAAAUUUUCGACAGCGUUGAAACAUCGACUAUUCAUCGGGCCGCAUUGUCUCGCAACGUGCGCAAGAAGGCCCACCAUUAAUUUGGUGCACGCGUUACGUGUUCGUGUCACGUAUUGUGAGGUGGUCGAAAUGGAUCGUCGAAAUUUCAGAACAAUCCUCGCGGGAGCGAGUCGCCGGCAUUGGCCGGUAGUCAGAUUUGAUCGACGGCGAGGGACGUCAACCGGCAACAAUCGUACACCGCAAUCGUCGUGUUAGGUCGAAGGGAAGUAAUUUUCCGAACGUUCGUGCGUGAAGGAACGAUAGAAACUGCCAUUUCGUUGCCGCAAACUAUGAGUGAUGUUCAGUGGAAAAGGUUUCGGAAUCGAGACUCUCUUACGUAAAGAUUAGUAAAUUAAUACCUCUUCGGGAUAUGUUUCGGAAACAGUUCACUUAUAAGUGUGGAAGAAGGUAGAAUGAUGUACAUGUCAUCAAUCAGUUCCUUUGCAGCCAGUUGGCUGCUCCUUUGCUUCAUCAUUCCAUUUUAUAGCGGAGCUGAGAGUUCAGGUUGGGUCUCUUACGAGAUCAAUCCGGUGCAUCAUCAACUUCGACCAAUACCGCCAGAAUCAGUUUCUUUGGGAGAACAACCAAAGCAGCCUAACAUCGUGAAACCUUCACAGUACAACGUUUAUCGUUCUAAGCAUAAUUUAAUGCAACCUAGGAUACCUUCGAAGAGUCACCAAGACAAUUUGAAACAAAAUGAGAGAAGAUUCAUGCCAGAAUAUCAGUUAGGAAAAGUAUAUAGACCGUAUUAUGCUCAGUUUGAAGAGGAUCAAAAAACUCGUAAAGAAGAAAGCGCUGAGCGAUUGGAGCACGAGGAGAUCCGAGAGAUUGACGAGGAAGUAAUGAAGAAAAUGAACAUGUUGGACAAAGUGUUGUCUGAAGAUACCAACAUGAAUGAUGUCGAGAAUACGGUUGAAGAUGAAAUCAUCGCGGAAAUGAACAUCUCUGAAGAGACGAAAAGAGUUGCCAGGCAAGUUCGCAAGCAACGGCCAGGAUUCUUCUGGACCUUGGCGAGGCUUGCUUUUGAGACGUUCAACGACACGCGAUCGGCAAUCAAACAAAUUACCGGUAUCAUCAAUCAAACCAUCGAACCGGAUUCGCCCACACGACGACCUGGUAGUCGUCCGUCGAUGGUCGCCGAAGCGAGAACAAUCGCACCAUCGGUUGAUAAGAAUAAUACAUCCAGCAUGGCAGAUGUUAAUGCAACAAUGACAACUACGACGACCACACCGGCACCUUUCAGGCUCACGCCAACCAACAUACGGAAUUUGAUUCUAAGAAAUGUACGUGGUUUAGUAAGACUGUUUAACAUCGAAUGGCAGGAUGCCUUAAACCAAUCAGAGAUAACUGUAAAGGAAUUUCAAAAGGAUCUCGGGAAUCAAGUAGGAAUUUAUCUACAGGAUAACCCGAACGCUUUUUAAAAGUAACAGAGAUAGCAUCACGAGGAAGAAUUAAAUAGCUGGUGAAAUGAAUGUCAAAACCAAAAAAAGUUUUCAACUGUACAUAGUAAAGUGAUUCAUUAUGUUCCAUUAUGAUUCACUAUGAUCCAAACUGUUUCAUAAUUUAGCUAAAGACAGCUUCUAAAAAUAAUGUUUAUAUUUUUAAUAAUAUCUAUAUUUUUCUGAAUAUUUAUAUAAUAGUUCAAUUAUUAAGUAGUAAAGAAAUAGAUUUAUAUGCAAAGAUA